UUUAAUUAACACAAAAAUGUCAGAUACUUACGUGCAAAAUCAACAAGAAUUUGCUAUUACGAAUAAUGAAAUAAAUUCAAAAAAUUUUAACAAAAAUGCAGAAUUAAAUAAUAAUGAAAAAGAUGAAGUCAUCGAGGAGUUUAACUUUAGUGAUAGUGAUUUAUUGGAUGACAAUAACGAUAAUAAAGACCAUGUCUGCGCGUUAACCGCCAAUUCUAUAUCGACUACCACAACUGCACUUGAUAACAAUUGCGAACAUUUUAAAGAUAACCAUACAAAGAGCACUGAUAUGAAAGUCGAUGCAUUCAGUAAAGAACAAAAUUUGUCACAAAGUAAUUAUAAAUUUGAACCUACAAUUAGUAACGAUAAGCUCAAAAAUAUACCUAAGAAUCUAGAACUAAAUGAAGAAACGCUAGCGGAAGUUGCAGUAGACUCAUUUUGCCCUAUAACACCAAGAGAAAUAGUAGAUGUGGGAGAAAAAGAAUCUGAUUCAUUCACGCAAGGUAACCUCAUGAAAAGUGGUAGUUGUGCCAGUGUAGGAAGAAUCAAAACUACAUGUGAUAAAAGUAACGAAAACGAUAAAAAUGCAGAUGAUGAUCUUUGCGAUGAAUACGACAUUGAUCCUGACGAAGAGUUGUUAGUACAAUUUUUGGGAGAAGCAAACGAUAUUACUGAGGCUCGAUUGGCUGCCCGCAGACAGGCUCGAGCAGAAGCGCGCGAAAUACGUAUGCGUGAAUUAGAACGACAACAAAAAGAACAAGAGCAAAACGCAGAUCGUAUAUAUGAUAUGCAUACAGCGUCUGGUAUAGAUCCUGUAUCAAGAUCGCGACUAACGUCAGGAAUUGGUGCAUCUCCAAUGAGUUUACUCAAUAGCACGCGUGGGAAUUCAAUGUCUUCGAGGCGCAGUAGUGAAGAUUCUUUAGAAGAAGAAGGCCGCAGUUUAAGAGAUAUACGGCAUGAACUAAAGGAUGUUGAAGAGAGAUUUAGAAAAGCAAUGAUAGCCAAUGCUCAAUUAGAUAAUGAACGAGCUUCUCAAACUUAUCAAAUUCAACUGCUUAAAGACAAACUAGAGGAAGUUGAAGAAUCCUAUGCUCAGUUGCAGCGAGAAUUUAAGGAUAAGUCACGCGAUUACAACACAUUAAAGCGAAAUUUAGAAAAACUUACUGAAGAGCUUCGGCUUGUUGAAGGCCAAUUAAACGAACGUGAUACAUUAAUUGCGGAACAAGGUUUAGUUAUAGUUGCUGUCGAAAACGAUGAUGGUACCGAUGCUAAACGUGCUCUAGUCAGUGCGGAGAACGCUCAACUACUUGGUUCAGUUCAAGGGUCCUUAGACGUUAGACUUAAAAAAUUUAGCGAAGAAAAACAACAGCUUAUAAGUGAAGUACAGCAAUUACAGGAACAAUUAGAAGUUUAUAAAAGUCAAGGAAAAGGUCGUGGUAGCUCUGCAAAUGGUCCCUUAGGUUCCGAAGAUGAUUAUGAGGCACAAAGGGAAGCUAAUAAAAUCAUAUCAGACUGUAAAUAUAAAUUACAAAAAGCGGAACAGGAAAUAGCUAGUCUGCAAGCAAGUUUAGCGCGCUCUGAAACUCAAGUAAUAAGAUAUAAAAGUACAGCCGAAGCGGCAGAGAAAGCGGAAGCAGAACUUAAAAUUGAAAGAAGGAAAUUACAAAGAGAGGAUUAUCUAAUCGUAAACUAUUGGGAUGAGUGUCAUUGCCAGUAGAUAUACGUACCCACAACUAUACUCAUAUAUAUAAAUAUAAAUAUUUAUGCAAUAUUACUUAACCGUAUGGUAUAAAAUGCUUGCAAACUUAUCAAUUUUCU